GAUCUGGGGCUGGCCACCGCCUUCACUCGCCGCAGCAUCAGGACCAUCAAGGACAAUGAGCCCCGAGCGAGUCACCGCAUCCAUGCGUUAAUCUCACGCUAUUCCAAAGACCAGCUAUGAAUCAUGUAUGUGAUAGUACUUUCAAAUCUGCUCGCUUGCAUCCUCGCUUCCUGUCUCCAGCCUUCCGUGGCGUCAGCGUCAGCCGUGUUGGAGGCUGAGAUCCCCGGGGAGGCAGUGUCAUUGCUGCUACAGAGGGAUGAUACUGCAACCGGACAGACGCACAAUGCCAGUGGGCCGCAGGAGUCAGAGCGCACACUUACAUACCCAUCUCGCCUCAUCUACUACCGGAACGAAGCUUCGGAGAGCACCUACCAUGACCUGAACACUCGCGCUAAGAUUCCUGACCCACAUGGACAGGAGGUCCAUCUCGCUCAGGCUUCAUUUCAACUUCAGGCCUUUGGAUCACAAUUCAUUCUGGACCUCACAUUAAACAAUGACCUGCUGUCCUCAGACUAUGUGGAGAUACACUAUGAGAAUGGGAAGCCCAUCCUUUGGAAGGGUGGAGAGCACUGUUAUUACCACGGCCAGAUCAGAGGGAAUGACAACUCUCGUGCCGCUCUGUCCACCUGUAACGGUUUACAUGGUAUGUUUGAUGAUGGAGUCCAUGUGUACACAAUUGAGCCACUUAAACAGAAUCACUCUAUGGAGGGAACAGCGAGACCACAUGUGUUACGCAGGACGACUAUCCUGCAGCAAACCACACCUGCGGGAGAGGAAGGCAUGGAGGAGGAUUUGUCUUGGCUUCGACGGAGGAAAAAGCGAGCUAUGCCGAGGAACGUGUUUGAGGAGAUGAAGUACUUUGAACUGAUGAUUGUCAUUGACCACAGCAUGUUUAAGAGAGUGAGGACCAAGCAACAAACACGCAACCAUGCCAAAUCUGUGGUCAACUUGGUGGAUGCUAUCUUUAAAGAACACCUGAACACACGUGUGGUGCUGGUCGCUGUGGAGAUCUGGACGGACAAGGAUCACAUUCCCGUUAGCGUGAUUCCAUUCGAAAUGCUGCGAAACUUUUCCAAAUACCGACAGCAGCACAUCAGGCAGCACGCAGAUGCAGUGCAUCUGUUCUCUAAUGUGACGUUUCACUAUGCUCGGAGCAGCCUAGCGUAUUUUGGAGGGGUGUGUUCUGUCAGUCAUGGGGUUGGCAUCAUUGAGUUUGGCUCUACGUGGACGAUGGCACCACUGCUGGCCCAGAGUUUGGCUCAGAAUCUUGGUAUUCAAUGGGAUUCAGCAUCAAAGAGAAAGGAUUGUGGGUGCAUGAAUUCCUGGCUGGGCUGUAUCAUGGAGGAAACUGGGGUCCAGCACCCACGGACUUUCUCUAAGUGCAGUAUCACCGAUUUUAAAGAGUUCCUGUUGAAGGGAGGAGGAUCCUGCCUCUUUAACAAACCCAGCAAGCUGUUUGAAGACACAGAGUGUGGAAAUGGAUACGUGGAAGUGGGAGAAGAGUGUGACUGUGGACCAAGAGAAGAGUGCAUUAAAGAGUGCUGUAAAAAGUGUUCUUUGUCUAACGGUGCUCACUGCAGCGACGGACCCUGCUGCAAUAACACAUGUCUGUUCUAUCCUCGAGGUUACUCGUGCCGCUAUGCAGUAAAUGACUGUGAUAUUUCAGAGACGUGCUCAGGAGACUCAGGGCUGUGCCCUCCCAAUCUGCACAAGCAAGACGGUCACUUCUGCUCCCUCGACCAGGGUCGCUGCUAUGCUGGAGAGUGCAAGACGAGAGACAGUCAGUGUAAAUAUGUGUGGGGUCCAAACGCUGCGAGUUCGGAGAAGUUCUGUUAUGAGAAGCUGAACACAGAGGGCUCAGAGAAGGGCAACUGUGGCCAAGACGGAGACAAAUGGAUCCAGUGCAGUAAGCAUGAUGUGUUUUGUGGAUAUCUGCUGUGCACUAACACUGGCAGAAUCCCACGGAUUGGAACUAUAAAAGGAGAAGUCACUCCUACAAAUUUCAACCAUCAAGGCAGACUGAUCGACUGCAGCGGUGGUCACGUCUUGCUGGAUGAUCAGACUGAUCUCGGGUAUGUCGAGGAUGGAACUCCAUGUGGUCCGUCUAUGAUGUGUCUGGACAGGAAGUGUCUCCCUAUUCAGUAUCUGAACCUGAGCUCCUGUCCCACCGGACCCAACGGACACGUCUGUUCCAGUCACGGGGUGUGCAGUAAUGAGGCAACAUGUACAUGUGACACAACGUGGGCGGGGACAGAUUGCAGUAUGCCUGACCCUCCAAAAGUACCGCCCCCUGCUGAAGAUGAGGGACCCAAGGGUCCUAGUGCUACCAAUCUCAUCAUAGGGUCGAUCGCAGGGGCCAUCCUGGUGGCAGCUAUAGUCCUGGGUGGGACAGGCUGGGGGUUUAAAAACGUCAAACGGCGAGGAUACGAUCCAAAUGCUUCUGCCAUCUAGUGGACAGAAGGAACGCUCCGAUCUCCAGAGCUUCUGUAUUCAGCUGGGCUGCUGUCUUUGCUGCUCUUUUCUGGCAUUAGUUAUACUUGAAAAUGUCACACAUAAUAGUAAAGAAUUCAACCAACAAUACCUUAGUUAUGUAGCUCCACCCCCUUUUAUAAACUCCACCGUCUCUCACUGAGCCAUCUUUAUUGACAUAUCUCCCUCUACCGUAGCAGCCAAUCAGAUCAUUCUUACAUUACAGAAGCAUGACAUCACAACAGCCUGGCCUUGGCACCUGUUUGAAGGUUUUGCAUGGCUAAUGCCCAUAUUCAGCAGAAUACAGCAUAAAAAACUAUGAAGAGCAUAAAUAUUACCCACACAAUCCCCUUCAUUUCUUGAUUGCUUAUUUGACGGAAGUAAUUGAUAGCUGCAUGGCUUAGCCUUAGAGAGACAUGUUGAGUUGAAUUUAUGGGAUAGAUUUAAUUCUACAUAUACUGUAAAUGACCAGAUACAUCUAUUGGAAUAGCUCAUACAAAAAUGAAAAUUCUGUCAUUAGUUUCUACUUUCAUGUUUUUCCAAUACGGUGUGACUUUCUUUCUUCAGUGGAACACUAAAGAUGUCAAGCAGAAUAUUUUGGCAACUCUACACCAUACUCUGAAUGUGAAUAACGACAAGGUCUAGUAAUGUCCAAAAAAAUUAAUUAAAUAAAAGCAGAGCGAAACUACCAUAGUAUAUACAUCAGACACGACACGGCUACAUGACAUGUCACUACAUGACAUCUAUUUUAAACUAAUAUUAAACUGAUUUACCAUUAUUCCAAAUAUAUAAUGAGUGAUUGGUACAAUCUUUUUAUAAAAUGCGCUUGUUUGAAUAGAAUACAUAGAUUUAUUUUCCUUUUAUUUUCAAGAUUAGAGGCAAAAUAUCCUGUCUCUUUUAGUAUUAAAGUUCACACUAAAUGAAAAACCAAAUCAUUUCAGCAAACCAGUUCUUUUGGAAAGUUCAUUUCAAUGAACUGAUUAAAAAGAAAACAUUUAGUUGAACUGGCUCAUACGGUUCUUGUGUGCUACUUCAACCUGGAACUAAAGUUUGAUUCGUUUUGAUAUUGUGCAUCAUUUCAAAUGGUUAAUAAUGAAUGAUUGUUCAAGAAUCGGACAUCAUUAAUUUAAACAAACAUUAAAUACUUUUAAAAGUAACUAAAGCACAUAAUCAGUACCUGAGAUUAUCCUUGCCAUAGUUUGUAUGCUGUUGCUCCAGCCGCAAUGUCACAGAAAUAAAAAAUAAAAAAAACGUUAGUAGAAUCUGUCACGUAUUGCUGUCAUGGCUGGCUAGAACAAAAACACUAACAUGGAAAGGACACUUUUUAUUGCGUGUCACAGCAUUAGGACUUAGUGUUGUGUCCAGAGGUUGCAGGCUUCAAAAUGAGACACAGUUCCAUACUGAAGGGCUCAUUCUUAUGAUCAAAUCCUUUCGAAGGGUUUACCCUCCAGGGGUGUGUUUUUCCUGCCAAUUAAGGAGGUGCUGUCAUUGCACAAUUAGACCUGCGUAAAGAAUCAUGGGAGCAAGUGUCCAUAAGUGUCCUUCAUUCCAAAGGGCCCUUUGAAGUGGCCAGUUUUGAGCACUUCAGUUUGGAACGAUCCUUCAAUAUGGUGGCCAUGAAUGUUCUCACUCCAAAGUACUGUUCAGAAGCUGAUUUGGAAGUUUGGAACGCAGCAAUAAUGUAGGCUAACCUUUGUCUCAAAUAGUAUGACCUUCAGAUUGACGGCAGAAGGUCGGAACUCCAUAGCAGCUUUCAUUGGCCAAGCACCACCAAAGAGAUUGUCUGAUUGACAUGUAAAGCAAACGAUCACAGUGCAUUUUGUUUAGUGUCAUGUGUAGGGGCGUGAAAAUGUAAAGUCAGUGUCCCUACAAUAACAGACCAGUGUGCAAUUCAAUAUUAGAUGACGUCUGAGGUUGAGACUAAAUAAGUUUUGGCCCUCUAGAGGCUGAAGCGUAAAAAUGCAUGUUACAUGCAUGAGGAGGAUUGGUAGUCACGUUAAUUGUUCUUUGGCUCUGCGCUGACGGUUCGAGGUAUAACUGCAGUCUUCCUAAUAACCUGUCCUGUGUAUAUUGGCAAAAUGAUGGUGCACCACACCUGACAUGUGGAAUCAAAAUGAGAUAUUGUGGAAACUUAUUAGUUUGUGGCCGUAUUUUAUUAAUUGGUUCCCUCAUUUUAAUUUAGUUCAGUCGUGGUCAGAAGAGAGUGAAUUAAUGUUGUGGUAACAAAUUCUUAAUUUGUGUUUCCAUAUGUCAAGUGCAGGACACCAUACAAAAUUUUAGAAGAAGUCAAAAGGGUAAAUGAUGACAAAAUUUUCAUUUUUGGGUGAAUUGCCUCUUUAAGGUGAAUUCUAAUAUAAUUUAUAACAUAAUUUUACUCUUUCUAAUUAAAUACUUAGUACUUUGUUUUUUUUACGGAGCGCAUUUAGUGCCCAUUUUUACAAAUGUUUGUGACCAAACUUGAAUUUUUAGCAAACGUUUAUUCAAAAUAUGUUAAUAUAACAAUGUUUAUUUCAUAUAAAUGCUGUAUGUUUAAUAGUGUGUGUCUAUCUGGCAUACUGUGCAUUGAUUUGUCUGUUAUUUUAUCGGUCUUUUGCUCUGACAUGGGGCAACGAGUGAACACAUCUAUAGAAGCUGUACCUCAACACCCACGUUGAAUGAGACGGUGACUCUAAGCCAAAGAUCUAAAGUAAAAAUGUAAGUUUGGGAUGUUAUAUACAGCACUUUACUGUGAUAUUGUUUCCCCUGAUGAGGUGAGGUAGUGUUAUCAUAACUGAUCACCUGAAACACAUGCAAUAACCUGAUCAGUCCUACCUUGUUUCAUCUGUUUAACUUUACCACUCAAUUGUAAUUGUACAGAUGGUUAGAUUUUCGAGGCAUAUUAUUCAGACCUUAUUAUAUGGCCUUUCUCAUCAUCCAUCUCCCUCAGCUGUCAAGGCUGCUAACCCUACUGGAAAUGAUUGCUUUGCUGCAUGAAUUUACUAUAGUGGGCUUAUUACUCUGUAUGAAGUAUGAGUGCCCGACCCCAUAGGAAUAUGUAUAUUACAGAGACUGUGCUGUGCUGUUUGUGCAUGUCAGCUACAAAACUUUUAUUUACUAUGCAAACAAAUUUGUUGCACAAAGCGAAGGGUUAAAACAGUAAAAUACCACACUGAUGUAUCACAGUUGACCCUGUUUUUUAGCCAUGAUAUGAUAGUUAUGCUGAGCUUCAGGAAAAUAACAUUUUGUUGCUUAUUAUCCUUUAAUAAAAAGGACUGAAUGUAUUAUCUUCUGGUAAAAAAGCAACUCAUUUUGCAGAAUUACAAUAAUUCCCAGGUUACUUUCACAUUUAAAGUUUCAGGUAAAAUUUUGGACACUCGCCUUUUAUAUUUUCUCUGUUUUUCAUCAGCACUGUUUAUUAGCCUAAAUGUUCCUCCAUUUACCUGCUGCUGUUACUCUGAACUGUACGAAAGUCAUCGAAGUAAACAAUAAAACCAACACUAUUUUACACCUC